CUCAUGCCUCAGUCUACCAACACAUUCACCGUAAGCUAGUUUUACAUUGUUAGCUGCUAAUGUUGUACAACUUUAGCUAUCGAGCAGGGGACCGGGAGCUUUCUGCCAGCUGAACCAGAGUGGAUACCGGAAAAAACCCCACUGUGUCGGCUGGGUACGAUGUCGGUAAACAGGCAUUUUGGUCACUUACAGGUACUGGAACCCAAAAGCACGACAAACACAGGAAUGCAGGAGGAGGCAGUUUACUCAAUGUUUCAGUGUAGGAGGCGUAGAGCCCAGCAGCUGCUGGCUCAGGCUCUGUCUGAGGCCGUCGGCCUGAUGCUCCACCACCGGCUGCCCUCCUCCACGCUCGCCGCCGCCUCCCUCGACAUGUUGGAGUGUCAAGGCCGGUCCGACCAUGCGGCGCCGGGUCAAUACUUCGCCUUGUUCCAGAGCUGCUGCACCGUCGCCGCGAUGGCCGCGGUCCUGAGCGCCGCCAGCACCGGCGCGUCCCGACCCUCGGCUCGGCUCGGUCCGCACAGGAAGCUGCUUUCCCGGGAGGAGAGGCCCGGCGACACGCCGACGGGGGCGCAGGCCUCUCCCAGGCACAAAGAACCACAGCAUGCAAUGGAGAGAACACCAGCAUCCUAAAUCUAUAUUAUAAUCAUUAAUCAUCCCCAAUAGUGUGGUCUUUGUUAAAAAAAUUGCAAAUGUAGCGUUUUGACACAAUUACAUUACUUUUGUUCCUCUUUUUUUCCGCUUUCACUUUUGAACCGGAAGUCUUGGAAACAAUAAAUAUAUCAUUCUUGGACCAGAUGAAUCGACCCAUAUAAGCCACACACAUAGGUCGUUUUAAUUCUAUUUUUAAUUGUUUGUCAUUAGUGUUGUUUUGUUGCUGCUUUUCCUACAGAGUUGGAGCAAUCGUCCCCACAUUUGGUCCAGAACAUCCUGGACUUUUUGAUUUGAGAUGCGUCAUUCAGUUUUGCUUUACCUGUCCCUGAGUUUUUUUCUCAAAUGCUGGGCUCAAGGAUUACAGCAUAUUUACUUUGUGCUUUUGCGACCACAUUAGAUAUGUCUGAGUAACCAUGUUGUUUAGCCACGAGGUAGCGCUGCAGCAGCAUCUAUACAUUUAUUAUAUAAAUUAUAUUUGUUUGACUAUUUUUAUUGUUUGUGUGACCUUGCACUAUAGCCUGUGUGUUCAAUAUUUACUGUCCCUGUUGUGAAUAAAUAUAUUUCAUGGA